AUGUCAAUCAGAACCUUCCAACGGAUCAAGAUCGCGGUCGAUAUCCGACACAUUGCGCUGGAUGCGACGCACCAAACCAGGGAAUGCGACGGCCACAGCCGGCCUCGGACCUCUAUACCACACGCCAAACGCGACAUGCUCCCUAGACCGACCCCACCGUCUGCGGCAGCUCACGAUCGACCUCUGCGGGAUGCGAUCGCUCGUAGCCUCGAGCCCUCUCGUGCAGACGACAAUCCUGCGCAAGUUCUGGCGAAGGAGACUGCGUGA